CGAGCUUCCUUAUUAUGACAACUCAUUCGCUCAAAGUACAUGAACUGCAAGGUAUAAUUACAAUAUAUUAUUACUUUGACACCAGUUGUAUAAAAUGGAUUCUCUCUUAGAUUCUAGUACUAGCUCAGUGGCAUCAGAACCUUCUUCAGAGGAAGCUGUGAAAAUAAAAGCAGCAUCCGCACCAGUCAUACCAAUCCUAUCGGAAGACGCGCUCAUCAAAACACAGAUCUCCGCGCCAUCGUACCUGCACUCUUUGAAGGAGAACGAUGCCCCUCCCUUCAAGAAACCCGGCGUUGAACCCAAGCCCCACCUGCUGAUCGGCAGUAUCAUGACUGAGGAUGACGUAGUGGCUAUGAUUGCAGCCUCUGAUGCCGAUACAAUACAUGGGCUGAGCAAAUUCAUAGGUAGUUUCCUAAUAGAAAAGAAAAUAAUAACCAACUACAACGUGUCUGAAAGGAACUUCCUCAUUAGCCUAUUAUCGGAGACGAUCGACUACGCAGCGCAGAGGGAUUUCAAUGCCUUCAAAUUGUCCGUCCUGCUUACAAUUUACUUAGACGCUCAUAUAUAUUUCAAGUGGUAUUACUGGCAGUCGCCGACAUCGGUGUGGAAGUAUUUCAAAGAGAAUAUGAUAAGACACACGAUCGAGGAUAGCCCGGAUGGAGAAGAGGUGUUUGAACCAGAAGAUUGUUACGACAUUAUCUCUCACUUCCACACAGUUUAUCUAUCCAACUUGCCGUUAAUUCAUAUUGUUACGUUCGGCUGCCACAGGCUUAAAUUGGUGUGGCCUUUUAAACUAAAAUAACACUUAACUCUGUGAAGCUAUUAAUAAAUAUAUGUAUUAAUCCAU